AUGCGUUGCGUUGGUCAGUGCCACCUCUCAAACAGAUUCUGUUCCGUCUUUAAGCUGAUUGGAGACCUCGAGGUGGGGCUUCAAACUCACGCCGAACUCGAAGGCGGGUGUGCCGUGAGCCGAACCAUCACCAACAUUUUGGAGGAGAAUGUCGUUCAACCUUUAUUGGUGUCUACCAGCGCUAUCAACCUCGCUGCGGAGACCGUCAAGAUGAUCAUGAAGAUUGAUGACAUUGUUGCUGUACGAUAA